AUGCGGCGCUGUCGGGGGGGGCUGGCGGCGCUGGCCGUGCUGCUGCUCGUGGCUGUGGCCAGAGCCCAGGUAGAGCAGGAGGUGUCACUGGAGACCAUCGAGGGCACUGGCAUCAACAUCACCUGCUCACAUCCCAAAAUCCAGACCAGCGAAACAAUCUACUGGUAUCGUCAGCUGCCGGGCAAAGGCCCCGAACUCCUCGUGAGCACUCACAAAGACUCCAAGGAUGUGCCGGCCAUUGCGGGCCAGCUGCGGGUGUCGGCAGACCGGCGCUGGAGCGCGCUGUGGCUCGGGCGGCCCCGGCGCGGGGACGCGGCCGUGUAUUACUGCGCGCUGGGGGCCACGGGCAGAGGAGCCGGGGCUGCGGCCGGGCACGAACCGCCGCGGGCGGGGCCGGCCGGGGCCAGCAGGGGGCGCUGCCGCUCCGCCCGCCGGGGCCGCCUCGCCCCGCUCGGCCCGGGAUCCCGGGGCGCUGCCGCCACCGGCACCGGCACCGCCACCGACACCUGCACUGACACCAGCACCGGCACCGAGUCACCGACCAGCUUGGAGUCACCGGCCUCCCUCAGCCCCUCUUCUCAGCACUGGUUUCAUGAGCCCCAGCUGCCUGAUCUCCCUAGCAGGAAUCCCAUCCAAUCCCAAAGGCUUGUGAGCAUCUACGUCGCUUAGUAAAUCUUUAAGUUCUUCCGUCUGGAUAACAGGAGUUCCGUGCUGCUUACCUUCCCUGUCUCCUAGAUCAGGAGACCAGUUGUCCUGAUGAUCAUCAAUCCCACUCCUGAAGACUGAGGCAAAGAAGGUGUUAAGCACCUCAGCCGUUCCCUCCUCUUAGGUGAAUAUAUUCCCCACGGUGUCCAGUGAAGAAUGGUGAUUGUCCUCGGUCCUCGUUUAUGUAUUUGUAAAAACACUCUUUAUUACCCCUUACAGAAUUGGCCAGAGCAAGUUCGAACUGAGCUUUGUCCUCUCUACUUUUCUUUCUGCAUGACCUAAUGACAUCCUUCAACUCUUCCUGAGCUGCCUGCCCUUUUUCCAAUAGUGAGACACCUUCUUUUUAUUCCCUGAGUUCCUGGGAAUGCUCCCUUCUCAACCAGGCAGGUCUUCCCCUCCACGUCCUCAUCUUUUGGCACGUAGGGCCAGGCUGCUCCUGUGCAUUCAAGAUUGCUUUCAUUAAGUAUAUCCAGUCUUGCAGGGCCCCUUUCUUUUAAGGGGCUGCUUCCCAAGGGACAUUCCAAAUCAGUUUCCUGAACAAGCCACAGUCCACCCUCUGGAAGUCCACGGUAGAGGUUUUGUUGAUUUCCCUUCCUUUAAAUCCUAUUGAAAACCGUAACAUUUCAUAGUUGCUGUGCCCAAAACAGCCUCCAGCCACCACAUCUCCCACCCGCACUCCUCUGGUUGUAAACAGCAGGUCUUCUGGGGCCCCACCCUUGAUAAGCUCCCUUUUACUUCGAUUGCUUGGAGAGCAUCUGCAGGGGGGGAAUGAUUGCAGAGAGACCAGGCCUGAAUGCAGCAGAGAGAUUUAAUGAGUCACAAAGACAGAGAGAAACUGCCUGCAAGUGCACAACAGCACUGCUGCCAGCCCGGGCCCAUCUGAGAGUCCGUCCUCCUUGGCAGUGGAGAGGUUCCCACACGCUGCCUGUCUACCUGCCCCAGACAGGGAGACCACACUGAUGGUCCCCACCAGGCUGCACUU